UCGGCUCUCGGCUUGUUUUCGCGGCACUCUGAUCCCAUUUAUCGAUCUGUCUGCGCAGUGACGCAUAAAAUCGAACAAACUUUCAACGACGGUAACCAAGCAACGUCAGAGUUAUCUUUUUAAUAUUCAGAAGUCAAUAGUUUGCCAUAGUAUGGUUCGUAAUGUUGCUCUGGCUCAGCAGGACCAGCAGCAGCAGUGGGAGAACUGUACGUCGUUGUGGAUGGGAGUAGUGCUGUCAUUCCUCCGUGCGCAUCCCUGCGAGAAACAAAGACGAAACGACAACAAAAGCACGCGAGCUGUGCCACCGGUACGGUAAUUGUUGGGAAGGAAUGGUCUUUGAAUUAUCACAGAAUGCGAACGUGAUUGCACAUCUGUAUCCCAAAUGUCGCUUUUGGGGGCUGUCGGAAUAAAAAAGAUCACAUGUUUUUGGACAAGGCUUUUACCUCACAUUGUCGGAAGAACGUGCAAGUGUGGAUGUACAACCUUGUGAACUCACAACAAAAGGGCGAAAGUUCUGUUACAUAUCGGAUAAUAAAUUGAUGCAUCGUGACAACACCACCAAACUACACAUUGUAACAUUGACGCUCCAACUAUGACAGGUUAUUGUUAUUUUCACGCACAGUUAUCUUGGAAACAUCAUGCACGUGUACGUUUGGAGAAGAUGAACCUUUGAUGGAUUUUGACAGAGGAACAAUGCCCGGACGAUUCAGGACGUACCUGAUCACCUGUGUGAUAUUUUACCUGCUAGCAUGCACCGAAGGAUCUUACACUAAAACAUGUGAUCAAAAGUGCAUCUUUGGAAAGUGUAUCAACGGAACUUGCGUUUGUGACCAGGGAUGGGUUGGAGAUCAGUGUCAGCAUUGCCAAGGAAGAUUCAAGUUAACAGAAUCAUCAGGAUACCUCACCGAUGGACCAAUUAACUACAAGUACAAGACGAAGUGUACUUGGCUCAUUGAAGGAUAUCCAAAUGCUGUGCUCAGGUUAAGGUUCAACCAUUUUGCCACAGAGUGCAGUUGGGAUCACAUGUAUGUCUUUGAUGGAGACUCCAUUUAUGCACCUUUGGUAGCUGUUUACAGUGGUCUAGUUGUACCAGAAGCAAAAGGAAAUGAGACGAUUCCAGAGGUGGCCACCACAUCUGGAUACGCAAUGUUGCACUUUUUUAGUGACGCCGCCUACAACCUUACAGGAUUCAACAUCUUUUAUUCGAUAAACUCCUGUCCUAAUAACUGUUCGGGUCACGGGAGGUGUACUACAAGCAACUCUAUCUCUGUCAGUGUGUACUGUGAGUGUGAGCGAUACUGGAAAGGUGAGGCCUGUGAUAUUCCCUACUGCUCAGAGGAUUGUGGGAGUCCUGACCGCGGGUACUGUGACCUCACCGGAGAGAAACUCUGUGUCUGCAAUGACAGCUGGCAAGGUCCAGAUUGUUCUCUCAAAGUCCCCUCUGCUGACCCGUACUGGUUUUUGCCUAACGUGAAGCCUGAUGGACAGUCACUAGGACGGGCUUCCCAUAAAGCAGUGGUUCAUGGGAAGCUGAUGUGGGUGAUUGGUGGAUUUACCUUUAAUUACAGCUCCUUCCAGAUGGUUAUUAACUAUAAUGUAGGGAGCAGCACAUGGGAUGUAGUGCCGAUCAACAGUGGCCCCCUUCAGCGCUAUGGGCAUUCUCUGGCUCUCUACAAGGAGGAAAUCUACAUGUUUGGCGGGAAGCUGGAUGCAGGCCCUGGGAACGUAACAGAUGAGCUGUGGGUGUUUAAUACAAAUGUCCGAUCCUGGUCCCUCAGGACUCCCAGCCCUGUGCUGCACACUCAACAUUUUGCUGUGGAGGGACAUAGUGCACAUAUAGUGGAUAAUAGAUAUGGAGAGGCCAUCAUGGUGGUGCUGUUUGGCAAUUCACCCAUUUAUAGCUACCUGAGACACAUCCAAGAAUACAACAUUCGCACUAACUCCUGGUCAGUGGCAGAGGCAAAUGGAGCAUUUGUGCAAGGAGGAUAUGGCCACAGCAGUGUCUUUGACAGCUCUUCACAUUCCAUAUACGUCCAUGGGGGAUACAAAGCCUUUCCUGCCAACAAAUAUGGCCUAGUGGAUCACUUAUACCGCUACCAGGUCCACACACGCACCUGGUUUAUUCUGAAGGAAGGUGGCCUGGCGAGAUAUCUUCACUCCAUUGUGUUGAUCAGUGGAGUUCUGCUGGUGUUCGGGGGAAACACUCAUAAUGACACCUCGCUCAGUAACGGGGCCAAGUGCUUCUCAUCAGACUUCAUCUCCUAUGACAUCGCAUGUGAUGAGUGGACAGUUAUGCCAAAGCCAAAUCUUCAUCGUGAUGUGAACCGUUUUGGACACACAGCAGUUGUCAGUAAUGGUUCGAUGUAUGUGUUUGGUGGUUUAUCUGGUGUGAUUCUGAAUGAUGUGCUGGUCUAUAAGGCUGGCAGCUGCGAGGCCUUACUGGACGUGGCUCUUUGUCAGAGUGCCGGUCCUGGCAUUCGCUGUGUUUGGGUCAAUGAAAGUUGCGUUUCCUGGGACUCCAGCCAUACAGAUGGCAGCGUGCCGGCCUCUUUCUGCCCUGAACGGAGCACACCAGUCGGUAAGCUGUGUCACCAGUAUUCUGACUGUACGUCCUGUACGGCCAACACCAAUGACUGCCAAUGGUGUGAGGAUAAGAAAUGCAUCUCUUCUUUAAACAACUGUACUGUGCUCACAGUUGAGCUCGCCCGUCACCCUCGAGGUCCUCUGUAUCUCAACCCUCCCCCUGCCAUGCUUUCUGAGCACCAGCUUUCCAUCUGGAGACCUGGCAUACGCCAAAACGGCCAGUCUGUGAAGAACUUUACCAAAUGAAGUGUUCGGACUGAACAAGUUUGCAGCAAGCUGCUGAACUGCAGGAGUUGCUCCCUUUACAUCAAUUGCCAGUGGGAACCACAGCAGCAAGAAUGCCACGCCCUCCCUGCACACUUGUGCGGGGAUGGUUGGAAUCAGAUUGGAGAUGCGUGUCUCAGACUGAAUUCCAGCAAGGACAGUUAUGAUAAUGCUCAGCACAACUGUAAGAACCUUGACAGCAACAUCGCCUCAUUAACUUCAAGCAUGCAGGUGGACUUUAUACUGGAAGAGCUGCAGAAGUAUCAGCUGCAGGGACGGAGGCUAACUCCAUGGGUGGGUCUCAGGAAGAUCAAUGUUUCAUACUGGGGGUGGGAGGACACAUCUCCCUUUACUGCCAGCACACUGCAGUGGUUACCGGGGGAGCCAAGUGACUCGGGAUUCUGUGCAUACCUGGAAAGAGCUGAGGUAGCCGGUCUGAAAGCCAAACCCUGCACUGCCAACACUGAGGGGCUGAUCUGUGAGAAACCACUUGUGAGCCCAAACCUCAGCGUGCGCCCCUGUAAGAUGCCCUGCGCCUUGCGGACCACCUGUGCCAACUGCACCAGCCAGGCCAUGGAGUGCAUGUGGUGCAGCAGCACCAGGCGCUGUGUGGAUUCAAAUGCUUACGUCAUCUCCUUCCCCUACGGCCAGUGUCUGGAGUGGCAGACUGGAGACUGUGGCUCUCAGAACUGUUCUGGUCACCGUACAUGUGCUCAAUGCCUGCAACAGCCUGACUGUGGCUGGUGUGGAGACCCCAGUGACACGGGUCAGGGUCAGUGUAUUGAGGGAUCAUAUCGUGGACCAAUGAGAAGCCUGAGCAGGCAGGGCCGAGACAGGGUAUUGGACACCAGUCUGUGUUCAAGGGAAAGGGGAUAUGACUGGUCGUAUAUAACCUGUCCAGCAUGUCAGUGUAACGGGCACAGUACAUGUGUUAAUGGCAGCUUGUGUGAGCAGUGCAAGAAUCUCACAACUGGGCAGCAAUGCCAGACCUGUCUACCUGGUUACUAUGGAGACGCCACUAAUGGAGGAAAAUGCCAAGCUUGCAGAUGUAACAACCAUGCGAACGUCUGCCACUCCAGCUCAGGGAAAUGUUACUGUACCACUAAAGGGGUCAAAGGAGAUCAGUGCCAGCUAUGUGAUUCUGAAAAUCGCUACCUUGGCAACCCACUCAGAGGAACAUGCUACUAUCAUCUUCUGAUAGACUACCAGUUCACCUUCAGUCUGCUUCAGGACGAUGAUCAGCACUACACAGCCAUUAAUUUCAUGGCAACACCGGAAGAGACCAAUAAAAACAUGGAUAUGUCCAUUAAUGCAUCAAACAACUUCAAGCUCAACGUCACAUGGUCUCUUGGCUCCACAGCGGGUACAAUCUCAGGAGAGGAAUUCCCCAUUGUGUCCAAGACUAACAUCAGAGAGUACAGAGACAGCUUCUCUAGUGAGAAAUUCUCCUUUCCCGCAAAUCCCAACAUCACGUUUCAUGUUUACGUCAGCAACUUUUCAUGGCCAAUCAAAAUACAGAUAUCCUUCUCUCAGCACAGCAGCAUUAUGGACCUGGUCCAGUUCUUUGUCACAUUUUUCAGCUGUUUCCUGUCCCUGCUGCUGGUCGCUGCUGUGGUAUGGAAAGUCAAACAGACAUGCUGGGCAUCACGGAGGAGAGAGCAGCUUAUGCGAGAGCGACAGCAGAUGGCCAGCCGUCCAUUUGCCUCUGUUACGGUGGCACUGGAGACUCCAGAGGAAGAGGAGGAGCUUCUGCAAGGCCAGGUGGAGGCUGGCCCUAUAGCUGUGGAGCCGUGUGCAGGCAGUUGUGCUGCCGUUCAGACGCUGCUGAUGAGUCUUCCACGGGGAUCUUCUGCAAUGCCUCCCCCCGGCCAGUGUGGCAUUACCAUAGCCAGCGCUCUUGUUGAUUCCUGCCAGCAGAGGGCCGGGGACUUCAAAGGCAAGGGCUCAGGUCUAAAGAGCCGCAAACAGCAGCACACGAUGCACCAGGGAACCUGCGUUUGAACCGGCACACCGAACUCACCUGAACGCCCAGGUGAUUUUUCUCACCAUCGUCUUCUCUUUCUCUCGUUCUCUGCCAAUGGAAGGAGAUGGUGUCAGAGCUCUUGAAGUGUAAAUCACAGCAGAGGGUUGAGACAUGAGUAGUCUGUGUGCGGUUCCUUCUCAAUUCAUGCUCCAUAGUGGAGCACGUGUUCCCUCAGUAUUGCUUGAACCUCUGUAGAGGACACCUGCGUUUUCAUCGCACCUGCUGGCUUUUUGUUUGAAACAGCUGUAAGGGAGGGAAGGGGCAUGUAUAAACUCACCCAGAUCUAAAAUGGGGACAGGAUGGAGGCCAGAAUUAUGUUUUGUGAGAAUAUUGAUCACUUAUGUAAGGGCAUUAAUUAAAAACAAUAUGACUUUUUUCUCAAUUAUUUGAAAUGUCUAUGAGUUAAUGACUUUUUGAUAUAUUAAUUACUAUUUGCCAAGAACUGUAUUUAGUGCAUAUGUUUUUUUGUUGCUGUGGGUAAGUCAAAAUUAAGUGUAAAAGUAACUUUUUGUGGGAUUCAGACAUUUUGUCACCUUGGAAUUAAAAGGUUCUAUCUGACAUUUUAGUCCAAAUUUAGUUAUUUACACAAUCUUAUUCUAACUUAUUUACAUAAUGUAUUUUUUCUUUUCGUGUAAAUUUUUGGACUUUUCUUAGAAAACAAUUUUUUAUCUACAAAGUCAAAUGGAAUGCAAAAACCCUUAGCUCGAUUGCUUAGAAUGUAGAUAGAACCUUAUAAAUCCAAGGCAACAAUUUGUUUAUAACUUGAUCUUAUUUACUAGCAUCACCAAAUGGACCAAAAAAGAUUUCUUCAACAAUCAAUUUCUUCAAUUUCUACAUCUGCCAUUGAUCAGGAAAACACUUCUGCCCCAAUCUCACACUACUGGCUAACCCUCAAACUCAAACGAACCAAGCUAUGUAUGGCUUAUAUGCAGUUGUCCUAAAGUGGAGAGUGAAAAAAUAUUUUAACGUUGUAAAACUCACACAUUGGAUAUGUAGCCACAAAGAUGAGCAUCGGAGCCUUUUGGUUGUUUCUAUGGAGCUGCAUCUGCCACAAAGUGAUGCUGCACUUAUUAAACUGAUCACAUGAUCUGCUCCAGCAGAGGUCCAACUGAAGUUUACUCUCAUAACUUCAGUUAUCUUUCUGCUUCUCUUAGAAAAAUCAUUUAUUUCAGUUUCAAGUUGGUGUUUAUACAAUUGUCAGAGUAAAAUGUAAAGUGUUGGUUAACAUGUUUAUAAAGCCAAGGAAAAUUUGCCUGCAUUUCAUGCUGUGUUUAUGUAACGUUAUGCAAACUGUGUUAACAGUAAAAUGGCUCAAAAGGGUCACAUCUGUAUUGUGUGAAGUUGUUUUCCUUUGUAUCUUUAAGAUUUCUUCACAACCACAAUCUGUGUUGCUGAAAUCCUCUGUAAUACAGUACUUUGAUUUUAUUGUCCUGUCCCUUCAUUUUGCCUGAACUGUCUAAUGUUUCUUAACCAUCUGUCCAGAGAUUGACUGGACAUUUAAGACUUCUCUCUUUCAUCUUUUCCCAUGUAUAGACUAAUAAUGUUGCGUUAGUAUAAAUCUAACGUAUUUAUUGCUUAUUGGGAUGUUUGACUCUUAUGCACUGCAUUGCUGAAACAGUAUCAUUAUGUUGUCUCAUGAUGUCUCAAAGACAUUGUUUUUAUUUAUUAUUUGCAUACUUGGGUCGUGACCUAAUGAUUAUGUAAAUUAUGUACAUGUUAAGAAGCUUUUUAGUCUGACUGCAUUAUCAAAAAAUGUAGGCUACCUAUACAAAAUCAGUGAGCAGCCAAAGAAAGUUUCUUCACGUAAAAAUAAACAUUUUCA